CUCUCAGCGGCCUCUAUUUGGUCGGAAAAUAUUCCGCUUCAGCGCUUCUUCUUCUUCUUCUUCUUCUUCUUGUUGGAAGAGUAAUGGCGCCGCCUUCAAACAAGUCUAAAUCGAAACCAAACUUGAAAAAGGACUUUCAGAUGACAUCUAAGAAGCCUUUCAAAUCCGCUAAGAACCACCCCAACGCCGCCGUUUCUUCACAACAAUUGCCGCUUCAGGUCGAAGAUGAUGUCCCUGACUUCCCCCGAGGCGGGGGAAGUUCGUUGAGCAGAGAAGAAAUAAAUGAAGCUAGGGCUGUAGCGGACAAUGACUUCGAGGCAGAUCAUAGAGUGCUUAAGAAAAGGCACAAGGAAAAGAGGGUACAAAAUAGGGAUCAGUCCACAGAGGAUGACUUAGGGUCACUUUUUGGAGAUGGAAUUAAGGGGAAAUUGCCUAGGUUUGCCAAUAAGAUCACUUUGAAGAAUGUUUCUCCAGGAAUGAAGCUAUGGGGUGUGAUUGCUGAAGUGAACGAGAAAGAUAUUGUUGUUAGUCUUCCAGGGGGCUUAAGGGGACUAGUCCGUGCAUGCGAUGCAUUUGAUCCUGUUUUUGGAGAUGAAGUCAAAGGGGAUCUGGAGAAUAGCUUCCUGUCUAGAAUAUAUCAUGAAGGGCAGCUCGUUUCUUGCAUUGUAUUGCAAGUAGAUGAUGAUAGAAAAGAAAUAACAAAACGAAAGAUCUGGCUUUCUCUGCGUCUGUCUUCGUUGCACAGAAGCUUAACGCUGGAUGCUAUUCAAGAAGGAAUGGUGCUAAGUGCGUACGUGAAAAGCAUUGAGGAUCAUGGUUUUAUACUUCAUUUUGGAUUGUCUGCUUUUGAAGGGUUUAUGCCUAAACAUAACCAAUCUGAGAUGAGAAAGAUUGAAGUGGGUCAGUUUCUACAAGGAACCGUUAAAAGUGUAGAGAGAGCUCGGAAGGUAGUCCACUUGAGUUCUGACCCUGACAUGGUUUCGAGAAGUGUGACCAAGGAGGUUAAGGGUAUAUCGAUAGAUCUUCUCGUUCCAGGCAUGAUGGUUAAUGCUCGUGUGCAGUCAACCCUCGAAAACGGCGUCAUGUUUUCCUUCCUUACCUACUUUACUGGAACUGUUGAUUUAUUUAAUCUAGAUAAAAUGUUUUCCUCUUCAACCUGGAAGAACGACUAUAGCAAAAAUAUGAAGUUCAAUGCUCGGAUAUUGUUUAUUGAUCCUUCAAGUAGGGCUGUCGGUUUAACAUUGAACCCUCACCUAGUCAAUAAUAAGGCUCCACCAUCUCUUGUUAAAGUCGGUGAUAUAUUUGAUCAAUCUAAAGUAGUCAGGGUUGAUAAGGGGUCAGGCCUUCUUCUGCAAAUUCCUACUUUACCAGUUCCAACUCCAGCUUAUGUCAAUGUAUCUGACAUAGCUGACAAGGAAGUUGGGAAACUGGAUAAGAGUUUUAAAGAAGGAAGCCUUGUCCGUGCCAGAGUGCUUGGAUACAGGCACUUGGAAGGGCUUGCCACUGGAAUUUUAAAGACUAGUGCCUUUGAAGGAUUAGUUUUCACUCACUCUGAUGUGAAGCCCGGAAUGGUGGUGAAAGCUAAAGUCAUUGCCGUCGAUAGUUUUGGUUCUAUUGUGCAAUUUGCAAGUGGUGUGAAAGCUCUAUGUCCUCUCCGUCAUAUGUCAGAGUUUGAAAUUGCAAAGCCUAGAAAAAAGUUUAAGGCUGGAGUUGAGUUAGUUUUUCGUGUUCUUGGUUGCAAAUCCAAGCGAAUCACUGUUACACACAAGAAAACUCUGGUAAAGUCAAAGCUCGAGAUUCUUAGUUCGUUUGCCGACGCAACUGAUGGGUUAGUCACUCAUGGGUGGAUUACAAAAAUCGAAAAACAUGGAUGUUUCGUUCGGUUCUACAAUGGGGUUCAAGGAUUUGCCCCCAGAUCUGAACUUGGUCUGGGUCAGGCUAGUGACAUACAUUCCAUGUAUCAUGUGGAGCAAGUGGUCAAGUGUAGAGUUGUAAAAUGUAUCCCUUCUUCACACCGAAUAAGCCUCAGUUUUAAUAUUACACCCACAAGGGCAUCAGAGGAUGAGAAUGUGAAACCAGGUAGCCUAGUUUCUGGACUUGUCGUGCGUACAACACCUGAAACAGUUAUAGUGGACAUCAAUGCCUCAAGUGGCAUGAAAGGCACCAUCUCCCUGGAACACUUAGCAGACAAUCAGGGUCUUGCUGCUUCAUUGAUCUCUCUCAUCAAGCCGGGACAUCACUUUGACGAACUGUUGGUUCUUGAUAUUGAAGGAAACAAUAUUGUACUUACUGCCAAGUAUUCACUAGUCAACUCCACCCAACAGCUUCCUAUUGAUGUCAGCCAACUCAGUUGUCACUCCGUGGUGCAUGGUUACAUAUGUAAUAUAAUUGAAACUGGCUGCUUUGUUCGCUUUAUUGGACGUUUAACUGGUUUUGCUCCCAAAAGCAAGGCUAUUGAUGACAGAAGAUCGGAUCUUUCUGAGGUCUUCUAUGUUGGACAAUCAGUUCGCAGCAACAUAGUUGAUGUUAGUAGUGAUGUGGGUAGAAUAACACUGUCAUUGAAGCAGUCAUUAUGCUGUUCAACCGAUGCGGCUUUUAUUCAAGAAUAUUUCCUUUUGGAAGAGAAGAUUGCAAAGCUGCAAGGAUUGGACCGUGAAGGCUCUGAAUUGAGAUGGGUUGAUGCGUUUAGUAUUUGCAAUAUUAUUGAAGGAAAAGUACAUGAGAUCAAGGAUCAUGGUGUUGUUAUCAGCUUUGAGGAAUACAAUGAUGUCUUUGGGUUCAUCUCACAUCAUCAAUUGGCUGGAACCUCCAUGAAAAAGAAUUCUGCUAUCCAAGCUGCAGUUCUUGAUGUUUCGAAGAUUGAUCGCGUUGUGGACCUAUCACUAAAGCCAGAGUUCAUAAAUAGAUCCAAAAAAGAGAGUUCUACCAUAAAAGCUCUUAAGAAGAAACGCAAAAGAGAACACAAGGACUUGGAAGUGAAUCAAAUAGUGAACGCAAUAGUUGAGAUAGUGAAGGAAAAUUACUUGGUUCUUUCAGUUCCAGAUUAUAAUUUUACCAUAGGCUAUGCAUCACUCACUGAUUACAACACACAGAAAUUACCUCAUAAACAAUUUACUCAUGGACAAAGUGUCUCUGCUACUGUAAUGGCUCUUCCAGCUCCCGCAACAUGUGGGAAAUUGCUUCUGCUGCUCAAACAUUUAGGUGAUGGUGUGGACACAUCCAGUUCUAAGAGGGCAAGGAAGAAAUCUAGCUAUGACGUUGGAUCUCUCAUUCAGGCAGAGAUUACGGAAAUAAAGCCUCUUGAACUUAAGGUGAAAUUUGGUUCAGGCUUCUAUGGAAGAAUACAUAUAACUGAGGUAACUGAUGAUAAUUCUGCUGAAAGCCCCUUUAGUGACUACAGAAUUGGGCAAACACUGGCAUCAAGGAUUGUUUCAAAGGGUAGCAAGACAAAAAACAUGAAAGGAGGUCAUGGAUGUGAACUAUCUAUCAAACCUUCCCUGCUUAAAGGAUCUGGCGAACCAGAUGAAGGGUUACCUUCUGAAGAGUUCAACUACACAUAUGGGCAACGUGUUUCUGGUUAUGUGUAUAAGGUUGACUCUGAUUGGGCCUGGCUGACUAUAUCUCGAGAUGUGAAUGCUCAGUUGUAUAUUCUUGACUCUUCAUGUGAGCCCUGUGAACUCGCAGAAUUCCAGAACCGUCUUCGUGUGGGUAAAGCUCUUUCAGGUCACAUAAUCACCGUGAAUAAGGAGAAGAAGUUACUACGUCUGGUCAUGCAUGCACCAGCUGAUGCUUGUGGGGAACUCAAUGAAAAAAAUUCUGACCGUCGUUUGACGUGUCAUUUAGUUGAAGGUAGUACCGUGGGUGGCAGGAUUUCUAAAAUUCUUCCUGGUAUUGGUGGAUUGCUGGUCCAAAUUGAUCAGCACCAGUAUGGUAAGGUUCAUUUUACCGAGUUGACAGACUCAUGGGUCUCCAACCCACUUUCUGGUUAUCAAGAAGGACAGUUUGUGAAAUGUAAAGUUUUGGAGAUUACUCGAGGUGUUAUGGGUGUGGUCCAUGUUGACCUAUCUCUUCGGUCAGCUUCAGAUGCUUCACGGGAUUUGGGAUCCACUGAGCUUAAUGGUGGCAUGCAUACUUCCAUCCAGCAUGUGGACAAAAUAACAGAUCUUCAUCCUGAUAUGGUAGUCCAGGGGUAUGUUAAAAAUGUCUCUUCGAAAGGAUGCUUUAUCAUGCUUUCACGGAAGAUCGAUGCCAGAAUUCUCAUUUCCAAGUUGUCGGACAAUUUUGUUGAAAAUCCAGAAAAUGAAUUUCCUAUCGGGAAACUUGUGGUUGGCAAGGUGCUUUCGGUGGAGCCAUUGUCUAAGCGUGUUGAAGUUACCCUUCGAACUUCAAGUGCUCUCAAAGAGCCUAAGUCGGGAAAUAAUCCUGUAGACCAUAUUAGUGUUGGAGAUAUUAUCUCUGGAAGAAUCAAACGCAUUCAGCCUUAUGGUUUGUUUAUAUCCAUUGACCACACAAAUGCGGUCGGUUUAUGCCAUGUUUCAGAGCUUUCUGACGAUCACAUAGAGGAUCUUGAAACACAAUUUAAAGCAGGGGAGAAAGUUACAGCAAAAGUUUUGACGGUGGAUAAAGAGAGAAAUCGAAUCUCUCUUGGGCUAAAGAACUCAUAUUUCAAAGAUGAGGAAGUGCAGACGUCUCCCGGACAAAGCCAUGAUUCUGCCAUUGGCAUAAACGACACCAUUAUGUUAGAUGAGCCAACAGUGACAUCCCAGAGAAACUCUGCUUCCAUGCAGAUGACAAAUAAUGAAUCUGACAAUGGUCAUCAACCCAUACUUGCAGAUGCUGAAUCUAGGGCUCUUGUGCCACCUCUUGAGGUUCCACUUGAUGACAUGGAAACCUCAGAUAUUGAAGGUGAUGUUGGUCAAACUUUAGUACCGGUUACUAAUGCAGAUACUACAGCUGGAGAGAAAAAAAAAAGAGGAGCAAAAAGGAAAGCUAGGGAAGAGAGGGAACAAGAAAUAAGAGCUGCUGAGGAGAGACAGCUGGAAAAAGACGUCCCAAGGACUACCGAUGAAUUUGAGAAACUUAUUAAAAGUUCCCCAAAUAACAGCUAUCCAUGGAUAAAGUACAUGGCAUUUAUGCUCUCUUUGGCAGAUAUUGAGAAGGCACGAUCCAUUGCUGAAUUGGCUUUGAAAAGAAUAAGUAGUCAAGAAGAAUCUGAGAAGCUGAAUAUCUGGGUUGCAUAUUUGAACUUGGAAAAUGAGUAUGGCAAUCCUCCAGAGGAAGCUGUUAAGAAAAUAUUUGUUAGAGCGUUGCAGCAUUGUGAUUCGAAAAAGGUGCAUCUUGCCCUUCUAGAAAUGUAUGAGAGAACAGAACAGCACAAAUUGGCUGAUGAGCUUUUGGGUAAAAUGGUUAGGAAUCUCGGGAAUUCGUGCAAGGUAUGGCUGAGAAGGAUCCAGUCUCUUGUGAAUAGAAAAAGUGAUGGAGUUCAGCCUGUCGUAACUGAUGCUGUUAAGAGGCUUCCUAAACAUAAGCAUAUAAAGUUUCUUUCAAAGACUGCCAUCCUAGAGUUUAAGUGUGGAGUUCCAGAUAGAGGAAGAACUCUGUUUGAGAGUAUACUUAGGCAACAUCCAAAGAGGACUGAUUUAUGGAGCAUCUAUUUAGAUCAAGAGAUUAAGCUUGGUGAAGCGGAUAUGAUUCGUGCAUUAUUUGAGAGAGCAAUAAGUCUGAGCCUUCCCCUGAAGAAGAUGAAGUUCUUGUUUAAUAAGUAUCUGGCGUACGAAAAGUCGACUGGGGAUGAGAAACGAAUUGAAUCUGUGAAGGCUAAGGCCAUUGAAUAUGCUGAGAAUAACCUUGCUUGAUGAAGACAUCACAUCCAAAUCCAAAUGUUCUUUUUAUCCAACACAGUUUUGUAGAUUAGUUAAACGAACUGGUGGUUCUUGAUUUGUUAUAAGUUAUGGUGAACUGUAUAUUUCUACUUUCCUUUUUAUGUUGUACUAGUAGCUGUAUCAUCAUCAUCAUCAUGACUAAAUUAUUUUCAUUUAAAACGCUAUUUUGUAUGGAAAUAAACAAUUUCCUAAUAGUUUGGUUUUGGUUUUGGUUUAUUUAAUCAAUCUAUUUUAAUUUUCC